AUGUGGAAAAUUUACUCCAUUAUCAGCAACCCGUGCCUAAUGGAAGAAAUAGAUUAUGUUCCCGUUUUAGAGUGCCUCAAAGGGGGUGUUGAAGCUUUUGCCAGAAAGGACAGUUUGAUCCUUCAAGGGGAUGGUAUAAAUAAUGUAUUUAACAGAGGAUAUGGUCGUCCCAAGGAAAAAAAUACUAUAGGUUUCAUGCAUGACAGUGGCACCGGUAAAGCUCAAGAAAUCAUUGAUGUUCAAGAAAGUGGUCGGACUGCAAAAAUGCAUAUCCCUUUCUCCUUGCCAUCAAAGUGUAGCUCCUUGACAGAUCUCAAGGAUACAUAUAUAUCACAUAGCGAAGGAUCAGCAUAG